AUGGAAGGUGAAUGCAAGGUAGUGCUGGACGCCGCUGUCGACAUAGAAGCAAGGAAGCAGACAACGGCAAGUGUCAAACCCAGUUCCAAGCUAACCACGGCCCUGCUGGCGUUCACACUCUGCCUUGCUGCUGCUGCUGCUGUCCUCGUCUUCAACAGUCAUACCAAGGGCUCAGGACAAGAUGAAGACAAUAAUGAUCAUCGUCACACAUUGAGGCAAAUUUCAAACAGAAGAGCGGCCAUUCAUUUACAAGGAGAAUACAACCCUAAAAGGAAGACCUCAGUGGAAUGGCAGAACCAGGUGGACCAGUCCCACUUUCAGGGAGGACUGCAACUCAUUGACAAUGAAAUAGUGAUUCCUCAAGACGGCCUCUACUUCAUUUACAGCCAAGCGUCCUUCAGGGUCAGGUGCAGCAGCAGUGACGAUGAUGACACCACCACUUCAUCCAUGGUCCACCUGAGCCAUACUGUUCAGCGCUGGUCCACCUCGUAUGGUGACGACGACAACAAGUCGUACCAGACCAUCCUGCACUCUGUCCGCACCGCCUGCCAAAAGGCAACCAGCAGCAAUUCAAAUCAAGGGGAGAGCUGGUUCACGGCCGUGUACAUGGGAGCUGUGUUCAACCUGAAAAACGGGGACAAACUGAAGACAGUGAUGGAGGAGAAGAUGCUGCCCAACCUGGAGGAUGCUCAGGGAGAAACUUUCUUUGGUGCAUUUGCCUUAUGAGGACAGGUGACUGAGGGCAAUAGGUGAAGAUGUGAAUGCACCUCAGUCCCUCUGAACUCACUCACACAG